CUCAGUUUCGUUUCUCCGGUGGUCUUUCAGUCGUUCACGUUGUGGACGGUCGCCACCAACUUCUCCUCUACCUUCCCCCUUGUAUAAAACACCACAAGUUUCAUUUCAUACGCCGAAAGCAAGAAGCUCUAUGAUGGAAUCCCUCUCCUCCGUAUCUACCUCAAUCGUCUUACCUCCCGGAACUCCCCUUCGCCACCGCCAUCACCACCACCGCCGGAGAAUCUAUCUCCGAUCUUCCUCCUUUUCCAUCUCAUGCUUUCAUCCUGAUCACCGCCAUCGUUCUCGUUCUAUCUCCUCCGUAACGUUUUCAAACCCUAUACUAAAACCUCCUGGAAGCAGAGUCGAUGUUAUGAUCUGUAAAUUGAACGCCGUUGGAAAAGGAGGAGUAGGAGGAAGUAAAGGAGAAGAUGAAGAGGAAGAAGACGAGGAGGUGGAAAGGGCGCUACGGUUGGAUGGGACCAUUCCUGGUUCUUCUAACGAGUUCGUUGAACAAGUUUCAUCACGUGCUUACGAUAUGCGUCGUCAUCUUCAACAAACAUUCGAUAGCAGCAGUUACGAUGUAUUGGAGGCCAACCCAUGGAGAGAAGAUUCGAAAGCUGUUUAUGUAUUAACUCGCAGGGAAAACCAGCUGUGCACAAUGAAAACCCGAAUGAACCGCAGUGAAGUUGAAAGGGAACUUGGGAUGUUGUUUUCCAAAGGACGUAAGUUAAGAAAUCAAACAAAGAAACCAGCGGCCACUAAAUUCCAGAUGCUUGUCGAGGAUGUGAGGGAUGGAGUGCUUGUAUUUGAAGACGAGAGUGAAGCAGCAAAAUACUGUGACCUGCUGCAAGGAGGAGGUCAAGGUUGUGAAGGGGUUGCAGAGAUUGAAGCUUCAUCAGUAUUUGAUCUAUGCCAGAAGAUGAGGGCGCUUGCUGUUUUGUUUCGGAGAGGAAGAACACCUCCUCUGCCAGAAAGUCUAAAGCUUAACUUAAGUGCUCGGAAACGCUCCCUUGAAGACCAAGACGAUUGAUACAAACUCAAGCUACUUGCCAUAUGGUACAUAUAACACUAUAUGUAUAUGUAUAUAGACUGUAUGUAUAUAGCCAAUUUACUGUUAUUAAAAACCACAAUCAUUUAGAAACAAAUCUUCUGCCAUAUAUAUAUAUAUAGAUUAUAUACA